CCAGCAGUGGAAGAAGGAGUCAGAACUCUUCUAUUCUCAUUUUCAAGGUUGUUUAUUGUUUCUUAGCUAUAAAAUUCUUUCUCCAACCUGCUGAGGUCUGUCUGGCAGGUCAGACAGAGGCACACUGACCACCCUCAGAGGCGGUGUUAUCUUUUUAUACUAAAAGCUACGUGUACAUUAUUUACCAUUACUUCCCAAUACCUGUCACCCAUGUUAGACAGUGAGCUUCUACUCUAAACCAAUCAAAAAAUGCCAACAUCACCCAGAAGAUGGAGGCUAGGAUGAAGAAGGAAAAAGGACAAGGCAAGCCCAAAUUCCUCCAUCUUGGAACCCCAAGCCCCCAUUCUCAAAACCUCAAAAAUCUAUUUUUCACCCUGUGACAAGCUAUUAUUCUACUUAAACUCUCUUGACUUGUCAUUCUUCAUAUAAAGGUUGGUCAUUGUUUUUCUAUGGGUCAAGAUCAAAGGCACAGGGGUCUUGGGCUCUGUGCCAAGGUCUCUGAGCCCCCUGGGCAGGGGCUCAAGCCUUCCAGGGCAGCCAGAGGGAUUUCCUGGGUUCUGACAGAUUUCAGCAUUUCUACUUUUUCCCCUCCUGUUGUAGUGUGUUUUUAUACUCUGUAAUACUUUGAAGUAGUUUUGGUUUUUGCAUGUCCAUAGUUUUCCCAAAUAGUUUACCCCAAAUUGUACCUCCUUCCCUUUACCUAUGUAAUUCCUCUCCCUUGAUGAGAUCAUCCCCAAAUCCCCAGCCUGGCUCUCUGUCAAUCACUCAGCAUCCCAUCCCCUCCAUCUCGAAGCUUCGGUUCAAGACAUUGAGCAAUUAGCCAGAGGCCAUGGCUCAAAUGUCUAUCCCCCACUACCUGUCCCUUUGGGUCAUUUAUUGGAUGGUAGAAUGUUAUCUGCUUUUGGUUUCCUCCUCCCUUUAAAUGUAACCUUGGCACAUCUCCGGGGCUCUCGGCAGGAGGCCCCCUGAGGGGCAGGAGCUCCCCAGAGCUCCUGAACAAAACCUUGGGUUAACCCCUGCUAAGAGUCGGCCCUUUCCUCCCCCGAUGUCCCUGGUGUCUCCUCUGCUGCAAAGGUGACUGGCCCGGCUGCCCUCAGCACCCUCGGGGCACGAGAGAGUGUCCCCCCACAGUCGGCCAUGUCGGGGUUGCUCCCGCGGUGUCUGCCGACUCGGGCCUGCCCGGGGUUCCUGAGCAGGCUCCCAGAGGGACAGGGACACCCUCCCACCCUGCAGCUUUCUUCACAGCCACAAUGCUGCUUCCUCUCAAACAUCCCACCUGCAUCCAUCCCAUUUGUGCACCCUUGGCGCUGUGGCCCUGGCAGCCCUCCAGAGGAGCCUUUGGGGGCUCUGAAAUGUCCCCUCCCAGAACUUCUGGGGGUUCCCCACUGACUCUGGCCCUUUGAGGAGAGGAGGGCAGGAACUCUCCACAGCUCUCUUUGCAGGACACAGUGCUGGAGGAGGAGGGUGCUGGCAGGGAGCAGGCCUGGAGCAGGUCCCCGCAGUGGGGCAGGGAUGGCCACAGCUGCUUUGUGGACACCACGGACUGUGACCCCUCGGCAGGGAGGAGAACAAACCCUCCCAGUAAUGGCCAUUCUCCCAAGGAUGGUGCAGCUUCAGGGCCUUCCAGGAGGAGCCUGCAGGGGGCUGGUGCCCCCAGGGCUGCUCAGGAGCAAACCCUGCUGAGGCACAGAGAGAUGAGCAGAUCCGUGUGGGGCGGCUACAACCUCCGCAGCCGCUUUGUGCAGCACACAGAGCCCUCACCAAGGAAGAGGAGGAGGAGGCAGACAACAAAUUCUCCAUGUCAUGACCAUGUCCACAGAGCAGACCCAGAGCCCUCCAGCACCAGCUUGAAGCAGGCUGCCAUACUCAGAGAGCAAACCCCGCCGAGGUGGAGGGAGCAGAGGAGAUGCCCGCGGUGGGGCUGGGACCUCCGCGGCCGCUCGGUGCAGCGCACACACCGCCCCUCCCUGGGCAAGAGGAACAGGGGGACAACGAGUCCUCCACGUCGUGACACAGCCCCAGUGGAUGAUGCAGCCUCAGGGCCCUCCGACAGCAGGCUGAAGAAAGCUCCCGUGCUCAGGGCUGCUCGGGAGCAGUCCAGCCCCAGGCUGAGAGAGCAGAGAAGAUCCUCACAGCCGGGCUACGAUCUCCGCAGCCGCUUUGUGCUCUGCACCCAGCAGCCUCCAGCGAGGAAGAGGAGGGUUUCCAUGGCCCAGAGAUGUGUGUUAGACAAGCACUCAGAGCACCCUGGGAGUGCUGCAGUCAGAUUAUGGCCCUGGCUGAAGCAGAAUGGAAGAUUAGCUCUGCGAUUUUUAGCAAAGGCUGUAAGUCUCCCUGAAAGAGAAGCCCUGCCUGUGUAGGUGCCAGAGGACAACAACAUCUGGAAGAACAGACAGAAGAAUGAAAUAAAAUAAAGUAGCUCAGCUGCCAGUUGGAGAAAUCUGUGAUUAAUGUGUUUUGGAACAGCCCCAUCACAAAUCUGAAGUAUUUCUGUGUUCCCAGAGGAAAAGGGUCUGGGUAAAAAUGCCAGCUGAGCAUUUGAAGACAGUAGUGAAUAUGCAAAUGAAUGCUAUGAAAGAAGAAUCUAUCAAAAAUAGAGACAAAAAUGAACACAUAAGGCUGCCUUAUUUCCUUUAGAAACUUUUAUAGUCUGUUUAGAAGAUAUUUUACCACAGAUUCCAGCCAUCCCUUUGUCUGUUCAAGCAGGCAGUUGUAUUUUGAUUGCAGAUUUGCCUGGCUGUUUGCAGCUUCAGCCACACCAAAGAAGGAUGAUCCUUGGGAACCUCAGUGGACUGAGUGAAUUCAGACUCCUGGGUUUUUCUGGACUCUCUCAUUUGCACCCUUUGCUCUUUGUACUUUUAUUAUCUCUUUAUGUUCUCACCUUGGUGGCCAACACAGUGAUAGCUGUCACAAUAAACACUGAUAACACCCUUCACACCCCCAUGUAUUUCUUCCUCACUCAGCUGUCCUGUUUGGAUAUCUGCUUUUUAUCAACCACAAUCCCAGCCAUUCUGGAGAACCUGAUGGUGGGAACAGUGAGUAUUUCCAAGACAAGGUGUGCCAUGCAAAUGUUCUCCCUCCUUUUCUUUGGAGUUGCUGAAUGUUUCCUCCUGGCUGCCAUGUCCCUCGAUCGCUAUUCUGCAGUUUGCCACCCCUUGCACUACACAGUUAUCAUGAGCAGCAGGGUCUGCAGCAGCCUGGUUGCUGGCAGUUACAUUUGUGGGGCUGCUGUGGGCUUGAGUCACACCCUGAUCACCUUCAGCUCACCCUUGUGUGGCUCUGCCAUCAACCACUUCUUCUGUGAGAUUCAGCCCCUGCUGGACCUGCUCUGCGGCAACACCUUCCCCAGGGAGCUCCAGGUCAUUCUGGUGGCUGUCUUUGCUAUUCUCAGCCCUUUCUUGCUGGUCCUUUGUUCUUACAUUCAUAUUAUUUCCACAAUUCUUCACAUGGCAUCAGCUGAGAGCCAGCAGAAAGCCUUUUCCACCUGCUCCUCACACCUCUUGGUUGUGACUCUGUUUUAUGGCUCUGCAGGCUCUGUGUAUCUGAGGCCAAAAUCCACCUACUGUGCAGCUGUGGAUAAAUUCCUCUCACUUUCUUAUUCUGUGCUGACUCCUUUGUUGAAUCCCAUCAUUUACAGCUUGAGGAAUAAGGAGGUGAAAGGAGCCCUGAAGAAAAAAUGGAGAAAAAUUAAUUUAGUGUGGAAAUGAAAUGGAAUAUUUGGGGUGUUUCAGGUGUUUGUACUGGUAUUUUUCACUCCAAAUUCUUGUUCAGUGAAAUGGAUUUCCAGAUACACCUCAGCUUUUGGAAGGAAAGAGGGAGAAGAAUGGAGAUUUUCAGCUGUAAGAGGGAGUGUUAGAAGCUAUGUUCACAUUUUGGAAGGAAACUUUUUCCACAUACCUAAGAAAUUCUUAACUGAAGAAACGUUUUCUUUUUACUUUUCCCCUUUUCCUUUUCCUUUUCCUUUUCCUUUUCCUUUUCCUUUUCCUUUUCCUUUUCCUU